AUGAAAAUAAACCGAAUUGAGAAAUUAUUCAAAUUUCAACAAAUCAUAAAAUGUAUAUAAACCUAUUAGAAAACUCUAAUUUUGUAUAAGAACUGAAAUUAUUUAAUUUAUGAAUGAUCAAUUGAGUAUCUUUAUAAAGACAAAAGAAUAUAUUUGGAGUAAUUGAUUUUAUUUUAUAAAACAUAUUACUUCCAAAAACCUUUAAAAUGUAAAGAAAUAAUUUAUCUAAAGGAUUACAUCUAAGACUUUCAGUCAUAUUAGAAGUAGACCUUAAUCAGGCAUCAUCUAUGAUACUAAAAAACUUGAGAGAGUGUCGCCUAAUGGUUUAAAGAUGAUGAUUCCUGGAGUAGGUGAAUUGAAUGACUUAGAUAAAUUUGUAUUGAAACCAUCCCCUAAUAAAUUUAGAACACUAUCUACAAGAAAAACUAAUGUAAUUAAUGAUAGUUCAGUUACACAAAGCAAAACUAAUCAUACAGAAAUUGUAAAGUAUUUAUUUCAACUAUAUUUGAAAGAAAUUCACCAGUCGUAUAAGACUUAAGUAAAAAAAUACCGUUAAAUAUGGCUAAAGAUAAAGUAAUCAAUUUAAUUUAUUUAAAUAGGAUGAUUUAUAUACAGAAACUGUGUAUUUGAAAGAUAUUAUAAAUAAGUUAACUUAAGAAAAUUAUGAUCUAAAAGCGAAAAUGAGGUUUUUAAGUAAAAAUACUGAGAGAAUGUAAACUGUAGUUCAAAAUGUAGGAGGAUUUUUAUAACAGAAAUAUGUUGCUGAUAAAUAAGACUUAGCAUUAAUGACUAAAUUGGGAAUUAGUGAAGUAUAAUAUUAAUUAUAAUUCUUUUAGAAUUUAUUAACAAUAACUUUAAAGAAACAAAUCAAAGAAUUACGAAGUUUGAUUAAAUAAUAGAAUGAAGAGAUCUAAAAUUUAAAACAUGAUAUAAAAUAUACUAAAAUAUAAGAGUUAGAGAAAGAAAUCAAUGUAUUUGAAGAGGAAACACUUAGAUUAAGAACUCUUUUAGAAUAAUCUUAGAGAAAUGAGUAGAUAAUUCAAAUGACUCAUGAUUUUAAUUAAUUUGAGGAGAAAUUCUAUAUUUAAAUGCAAAUAAUAAAUUCUCUUAAACAGGAAAAUUCAUUCUAUUAAGGUUAAAUUGCAAUAGAAUAGGAAGAAAAAUUUAAACUUUAAAAUUAGAUAGAUACCGAUUAAAAAGUUUUAAAUAAAUAAAAAUAGGUGAUUGAUGAUCUUUAAUAAACUCUUAAAGAUAAAUUAGUAUAUAUUGAUGGACUUUAAUAAGAAUUAGAUGCAUACAAAGAUACAAAUUAAAAUCUUAUUUAAAAAGCAAAUAAAUUAGAUAAUAAUUAGUUAAGAAUAAUAGGAUUAGUUAAAAUUGAAUAAGAAUUAAGAAAGGAACUUUAAUAGAAAACAAGAGAUAUAGAAUAUUUAGAUAAAACAACGACUGAGUUGAAAUAAAAAUUGAAUGAGAAAUUAUCAAUGGAGGUAAAGAUGAAAGAUUAAUUGUAAGAAGAAUUAAAGAAACUUAAAUUAGCUUAUGAAGAACUAGAUGAAAAAUAUAAACAUUUAUUAUUAAUAAAUGCUUAGUCAAGAUUAAAAGAGACUGUUCCUUCAAUUUAAAAUAGAUAGGCUCCAACUGCAGCAACUCUUAAUCUUAAGAUUUAGAGACCAUUAAAUUAAAAUAAUACUCCAGAUAGUAAAGAGAACCAUUUUUAUUAAUUGANAGAGAAUGUAAACUGUAGUUCAAAAUGUAGGAGGAUUUUUAUAACAGAAAUAUGUUGCUGAUAAAUAAGACUUAGCAUUAAUGACUAAAUUGGGAAUUAGUGAAGUAUAAUAUUAAUUAUAAUUCUUUUAGAAUUUAUUAACAAUAACUUUAAAGAAACAAAUCAAAGAAUUACGAAGUUUGAUUAAAUAAUAGAAUGAAGAGAUCUAAAAUUUAAAACAUGAUAUAAAAUAUACUAAAAUAUAAGAGUUAGAGAAAGAAAUCAAUGUAUUUGAAGAGGAAACACUUAGAUUAAGAACUCUUUUAGAAUAAUCUUAGAGAAAUGAGUAGAUAAUUCAAAUGACUCAUGAUUUUAAUUAAUUUGAGGAGAAAUUCUAUAUUUAAAUGCAAAUAAUAAAUUCUCUUAAACAGGAAAAUUCAUUCUAUUAAGGUUAAAUUGCAAUAGAAUAGGAAGAAAAAUUUAAACUUUAAAAUUAGAUAGAUACCGAUUAAAAAGUUUUAAAUAAAUAAAAAUAGGUGAUUGAUGAUCUUUAAUAAACUCUUAAAGAUAAAUUAGUAUAUAUUGAUGGACUUUAAUAAGAAUUAGAUGCAUACAAAGAUACAAAUUAAAAUCUUAUUUAAAAAGCAAAUAAAUUAGAUAAUAAUUAGUUAAGAAUAAUAGGAUUAGUUAAAAUUGAAUAAGAAUUAAGAAAGGAACUUUAAUAGAAAACAAGAGAUAUAGAAUAUUUAGAUAAAACAACGACUGAGUUGAAAUAAAAAUUGAAUGAGAAAUUAUCAAUGGAGGUAAAGAUGAAAGAUUAAUUGUAAGAAGAAUUAAAGAAACUUAAAUUAGCUUAUGAAGAACUAGAUGAAAAAUAUAAACAUUUAUUAUUAAUAAAUGCUUAGUCAAGAUUAAAAGAGACUGUUCCUUCAAUUUAAAAUAGAUAGGCUCCAACUGCAGCAACUCUUAAUCUUAAGAUUUAGAGACCAUUAAAUUAAAAUAAUACUCCAGAUAGUAUCAAUUAAGACAAAAAUUAAUAGUAAUAAAAAUUUAAGGUAAUCAAAAAGGAUGAUGUAGAACAUUUAGGGUUAGAAUUAAAUUAUCGAUUAAGAACUAAAAAAAUAACUUUAUAAGAUGCAAUUGAGAGAUAUUUAUUUGACAAUAAAAAUAAAAAGACAGGAGAAAUAAAAUUAAAAGAGAUAUCAGAAAGAUUGUAAAGAGAACCAUUUUUAUUAAUUGAUGAAGAUUCAGCAUUAUUAGUUGCAAGAUAUCUUACUGAAGAUAACUCUUAAGAAUUUGUAGUUUAUAAUGAUUAAUUAACAUAAUCUACAACUAUUGUUAGAAGCAUCUUGUAAAAAUUGGUGGGAACCUUUGAAAUUUUAACUAUAGAGAUUGAGACUUUAAAAACAAAAGAAAUAACACAAGUAUAUAUUUAUUCAAAUUAUAAGGUUAUUAGUAAAUAUAAAAAUAGUUUGAAAUAAUAUUUUGAUUAAUUAACAAGUAAAUAUGAAGGAUUGUUAGAAAGAAAAUAAAUUAUUGAAACAUUUGAAUAUAUGGAUAUCGACUUAACUUCUGAAUAGUAUGAUUUCCUAUUUUUGAAAUUAUUCUCUUAUUCUAAUAAUACUUAGAUAUUUCCUUAUAUUAGAAUUUUUGAGAUAUUUUAAGAAUUAUAGAUAGAGAGAAGUAAAAUACAUUUAAAAUAAGAAUAGUUGAUAGUGAUAAGAAGAAAAAGUCUAAAAAAAAAGACUUUAAAGAUUAAGCUGAAAAUAAAAAUAAAAAAGUAGAAAUAUUUACAAGACGAUAGUCUAUGGAACUAGCUAAUUGA